CUUUAGGUAAAAGGUAACAGAAGUUGAGAACGCCCUCCCCGUUCUGCUCCCAGCCUCCCAGCUGCCUUCGCCAUGGCCGGCGGCAUUACCGAUACGGGGGAGCUUUACUCGCCUUACGUCGGUCUGGUUUACAUGUUCAACCUUAUCGUCGGGACAGGAGCUCUAACCAUGCCCAAGGCGUUUGCGACAGCGGGGUGGCUGGUCAGCCUUGUGCUCCUCAUGUUCCUGGGCUUUAUGAGCUAUAUGACUACCACGUUUGUGGUGGAGGCCAUGGCUGCUGCAAAUGCCCAGCUGCGAUGGAAGAGAAUGGAAAAACGCAAGGAGGAUGAUGAGGAUGAGGAUUCUUCCUCUGGAGUAUCUGACAGUGAUGUUCUCCUCCAAGAUGGCUACGAGCGAGCGGAGACACGACCUAUCCUGUCAGUUCAGAGACGUGGCUCACCCAAUAUCUUUGAAAUUACUGAAAGGGUGGAAAUGGGCCAGAUGGCUUCCAUGUUCUUCAAUAAAGUGGGUGUCAACCUCUUCUACUUCUGCAUAAUUAUCUACCUCUACGGGGACCUGGCAAUCUACGCAGCGGCUGUGCCGGUCUCUCUUAUGCAAGUGACCUGCAGUGCCAUUGGCAACCAUUCUUGCAGCGUUGGAGAUGGCACGAAGUACAACGAUACAGACAAGUGCUGGGGGCCCAUUCGAAGGAUUGAUGCUUACAGACUGUACCUGGCAGCGUUCACUCUACUCCUGGGUCCUUUUACCUUCUUCAACGUGCAGAAGACCAAGUAUCUUCAAAUCAUGACGUCUCUGAUGAGAUGGAUAGCCUUCAUCCUCAUGAUUAUUCUGGCCCUCAUCCGCAUCAGCAGAGGCCAAGCUGAAGGUCACCCGUCCAUGGCCCAGCUGUCGGGCAUCCGCAACCUCUUCGGGGUGUGCGUCUACUCCUUCAUGUGCCAGCACUCCCUGCCAUCCCUCAUCACGCCCAUCUCCAAGAAGAGGCACGUCAACAAGCUCGUGCUGCUCGAUUACGUCCUGAUCCUGGCUUUCUACAGCCUCCUGUCCUUCACCGCCAUUUACUGCUUCCGCAACGACACCCUCAUGGACAUGUACACGCUCAACUUCACCAACUGCGAGAUCAUCAACGUCGCCUUCAUCCGCUACUUCCUGGGCCUCUUCCCCGUCUUCACCAUCAGCACCAACUUCCCCAUCAUCGCCGUCACCCUGCGCAACAACUGGAAGACCCUUUUCCACAGGGAAGGGGGCACCUACCCCUGGGUGGUGGAUAGGAUCGUCUUCCCUGCCAUCACGCUCGUCCCCCCCGUGCUGGUGGCUUUCUGCACCCACGACCUGGAGUCCUUGGUGGGGAUCACGGGAGCCUACGCUGGGAACGGGAUCCAGUACCUCAUCCCGGCCUUCCUCGCCUACUGCAGCCGGAAGGACACGCAGCUGGUCUUCGGCAGCGGGACGGUGAACAAGCACCUGUCCCCUUUCCGGCACACCUUCUGGAUAGUGUUCGUGCUCAUCUGGGGCUUUUCUUGCUUCGUCUUUGUGACGGCGAACAUUGUGCUGAGCGAGUCCAAGCUCUGACGGGGGUGGUGGCACUCUUCCUCUUGGCUUCCAGAGACUGCAACCCCGCUGGGACUGGAGGGGAAGAGGUGGCGUGGAGGGAAGGCUCCGGGCCGUCAGCGUGGUGGUGCAGGUCCCAGCUAGACACGGACUUUCCUCACCACGUGUG